AAAACAUGGCAUACUGUGGGGCGCACGUUAAACACAAAUGAUUCCUGUAACGUUCAGCACUAUGCUACUGAAGGAAGACAUUGCGUGUGUUUUUAUUAGCAUUCGCGUUUAUGUUUUUGGACUGAUAUUCUGAUCUGCGUCACACGAUGGGGUGAAUGAUGAUCACAGGACUUUGUUGGAAAGGCUCUAAGGAGGAGGAGGAGGAGGCUUCAGACACUCGAUUGGUAUAUUUAGAGCUGGUUUAAAACAGAUUUACUCGGCAACAUAAACACCCGAUGGGAGAUCGUCAAAAUGGGACUUGAAAACUACAAGUUCUGUACUGGAUUGGUGAUAUUACUCUCCUUAUCGUCAAUCGCGACGAUGUUUACGGCGAUGUACCAUUCAAGUGACCUUAAAGAGAUAAGAGCGAAGAAGAAUUCUGCAUUGGGCAUCCGACAGAUACUCAGCUCCAGGGAAGCAGCUCGAAAAGAAAGGAAUCCUUCAUCGUUUGGUUUGGGGGAAGCCUCAAUAUUCUCGGACAAGUAUAGUCCACCUGAGGGAGAUGACGCUUUUCGGAAUCUCAGUAUUAUAUCAUUUAGAUAUGACACACUGUCUGUUCGUAGAGGUCUAACUCACAGCAUUGCUAAUGUAGAAGACGAUGUUCUGACGUUCGAUACAUAUGACAUUUUAAAACCACUAUCGAAUGUAACCAUUGAAGAAAGCAGCUUGGUUCACAAAAUCCAACAAAAACAGAGAAACGCUGACUUUAACUGUGUCAUCAGGAUUGCCAAGUAUUGUUCCUCUCGUUGUGAUUAUCUAGUUAAAGGUAAACAUUCGAGGGAAUGGACGCCAUUUAGAUGUGAACUCAGUGAGUUCUGUAGGUUUGAGACUCGUUUUAUAGGUAACCUCACCAAGGAGGUUAUGAAGACCAUCGAUGUUGUCUUCUUUAUACCCGGAUUUCGGGAUGUUCGUCUGAAGCAAGUGAUGGCUGCAAGACCACCAGGACAAUUCUGGGUCCUCUGCGCCAAAGAGAGCCCUCAGCAUGACCCAGAUUAUGCUCCUCGAGGUCUAACAGGAAACCCUUUCAAUCUCACCAUGACGUAUGUCAGGGACAGUGAUAUUUACUUCCCAUACGCCACCGUGCGGAAGCUUGGGAAGCCAAAUGAAAAUCCGCCAGAUAUUUCAAAGAAAACCAAGCUGAUAGCUUGGAUGGCAUCCAACUGCAAACCAUAUUAUUGGAAACGAACUGAACUGGCGAAGGCGAUACAAAGGAAUAUCUCAGUGGAUAUGUACGGCAAGUGCGGUACGGGAAGACUUGCCCAUGAUAAAGCCAUCGAGACGCUCGAGCAAUAUAAAUUAUAUUUCGCGUUUGAAAAUAGUGAAUGCCGGGAUUACAUCACGGAGAAAGUGUGGAAGAAUUGCCUUUCUCAGGGGAUCGUACCCAUCGUCUACGGAUCAACGCGCGAAGGCUACGAGAAGUCACUCCCAAGGAAUUCCUUCAUCUCCGUGGAGGAUUUCAGUAACAUGAGCGAAUUUGUAGAUUACAUUCACGCACUAGAUAAAGACGACGCGCGUUACAUGAAAUAUUUCGACUGGAGAAGGGAUGGCGAGGUGCAGUUUCACUCUCCAUCUGCGUUCAGAGGUAGUAGACCUGAACUGAAUUUUUGUUACCUCGUCAAAAAACUAAUAUUCGUCUUUGUACAUCCAGAGAACACUUGGCAGAAAAGAAAUCCAUAUUUUACUUCUUGGUGGCGGAGGCAGUGUGCCGAUCAUUCUGUUGAGAAAAUCGUUCUGGGAUUCAAUACCCAUCGGUCAACAGAAGAACAGGCAAUCAUCGAUGCAUCUAUGAGGCGCGGAGACAUAGAAAUGUAGUUUGCGUCUUUAAAUUAUAUGAAAAGCCAUAAUAUAAUAGAACAGCUUUUGUAUAGUGCAUUACACCUUACAAAGGUGUCAAUGCGCUUUAGGAAAAAAAAAGAAAAGAUGAGGGAAAGCUGCUGGUAAUGUUUUGAUAAUAUUCUUUUUAGUUAAAUAAAUACGUUUUCAAUGCAGAUUUAAAUUGCCCAAUUGUAUCAACUUGCCUUAAAUUGUGUGGGAUACUAUUCCAGAGUUCCGGCGCUGCAUGCGCAAACCCCCGUUCGCCAUAAAACUUUGU